AUGGGAGGACAACCAAGAUACCCUUACCCAACAACUGUUUGGACACCAGCUGGAGGUUGGUGGUGCGAGUACCCAAAGAACUGCAAGAAGAAUGGAGUUAAGACUAGCAUUGCCUUGUUCGGUAUUUUGUCAUUGGCCUUCAUCACAUCAAAGAUGAUCGAGAGGAGGUACAGUCACACUCCACCACCUGCCAUCACUGGCAGUCAUGGUCAUCAUUAA